ACAACACGAGCUGCUGCAUCAACUGUCCACUCAGUCCACGAGAACUUCAGCAGAACGUGUUCAACUAAUCCUCAUGCGGCGAUUCUGUGGAUGCCGAGUGGAUUAGACAACACUGGCUGGAUUAGGGCCUCCACGGAUCCAGCAUCCUGCAAAUGAUUCACUGACUGAGAUCUGAGGGUUUUGGAGGGUGGCUCACCAUCUCUGGCUCUUGGUCAUGUUGAUCAAACAGGUCUUACCUGCACCAGCUGUUGUUCAGUGGAAUACCCAUAAAUAAGUGGCAGGAAUGUGCAUUGCAUCAUUGGCGUGGUUGUGGAUGAGUGUGCAUCCCUAUGCAGGGCCUGCAAGUGGAUAAUCAUGUCACAUAAACAAGUCUGGGAUCAGACAGAGCUCCUGCACACAGGGACACACAUGGGCUUGUAAGCUGUGACUGUGACCACGCUAUCAAGGAAAUUCCUCAGUUCUCCAGGGUCGCCUCGCUGCAGUGAGACAAAGGACGAAACAGGACGCCACAGGACAGACACGAUGGCCACAGAAGAAAAUCAGACACAAGUUGGGCCUGCAGUACUGGCUCAGCAUGUUUCACCUGCAUCCACCAGGAGCAGACCCAGCAGAGAAGCCAAACAUGCAAAUGACGGCCAGGAAGCGUGGCGAUGCUCUGACCAGCUGUGGCAUUCAAAACAGCGCAGCAGCCCUUCCCUACUCUUAUACAGGAAGUUGUCAUGUGACAGCGGGAAAGGGACAGUUCUGGACGAAGAGUACGACUGCUUUGAUUACAGCUCAAAAGUUGAAAGCACCGAAGAGAAACUAUAUCCAGAGCUGUCGGCUGGCGUGAACAAUGAAGGAGUAAAUCAGGUAUCCAGGAAAAGUUCAGAGGGGUCUGUGUGCCAGCUGGACACUUCUGGAGACAGUGUGGAUGCAGGCAGGAACAAAACUGGCAGCACCCAUUGCUCAUGUACCUCGUCUAGCAUUUACACAAGUCCAGACACGUUUUGUUGCCACAGCCCUAGAUCCAGUCCAAGUCCCAGCUCCAGCCCUGUUCUCAGUCCUCACCUCAGCUCCAGCCCUGCUUGCCCCAAGAAGAGACACAUCCGCCGUGGCAGCCUCCCUGUGUCCAUGCUGGCUUUCCACAAGACAUCACCUUUCCUCUCAUCUCAGGGCAGUCCCUCCAGUGAACCAAGCUCUUUGACGUCAUCUCCCUGCAACUCCCCUCUCACCAGCCACCGGCAGCAUCGCAAAAAUGGGCACAUCUACCAGCACAACUUCAAAGAUGCGUACUCAAGUUUGGAGAGGCUCAACAGGAGGCCUCGAGGUAACAGACUCUCCCUGGAUAAACUAUUCCUUCGGCGAUCAUCUCUUGAAAACAUGACAGCAAACGACGAGAGGUCUUCCCCAGAGUGGACCAGGGACUGCAGCAGGGGCAGCAGUACCGAUGAGGAGGAUGGAGAGGCGCACCCAGAUAACACAGAGUUUGUUAGGAACCGUAAAGAGCGUUCCACUGUCCUGGUCAGGCGGUUCUUCAAGAAUAAUCAGAAGGUCACAAAGUCAGUGUGUACCGGGACUAGAGCUAUUGUCAGGACUCUGCCGUCAGGACGUAUCUCAGAGGAUGUCUGGAUGGUUGUUGUCGAUCACAGAUUCUGGGUUCCCACCAAGAAGGAUAUAUGGCCAGUCUUAAUGCGGGGUAUGGGUGAAGGGUUCAGAGUCUGCAGAGGGAUGCUAUGCUUUGUUGGAGUUAAGCUGCAGCAGGUUAACAACUAUGAUCAGGACAGAGAGGAAGUCGACCUGAUUCAUCCUGCCAAGAAGCUCCUGUUGUCUUGCCCUGGAUGCAUCUGUCUCGGGGAGUUACAUGGUGUCAGUGCCAUCCCAGCCAGACCUGAUCUGAGCUCCUGCCUUCAUCCCUGGGGUUGUCAUCCUUCUCAUCCACACAGGUUUUAUCGUGCUUGUGGCCAGAGGACAUCGGUGUGUUCCCUGCUGACCGGAGCAUUACUGGAAGCUACAGCCGCUCUAGGUGCCCGUUCUUCUCUACUUUACCCUUUGCCCCAGUGCCCCAACGGCCACGCUGUGCUGAAAGAGCGUCAGCUGGCCAACAGCAUGACCAGCAGCAGCUCUCUUCCUCCCAGUGUCAGUGGGAUCAGUAAGGAGCUGGCAGAGGUGCGCCACCUUGUUCAGUUCCCUGAGGAGAUCGCCUGCAUCCUCACUGAGCAAGAGCAGCAGCUUUACCAGCAGGUCUUCCCCUUGGACUACCUCUGCUUCCUUACUCGUGACUUAGGCAGUCCCGAGUGUCAAGCUAAACGUCACCCAAACCUCAAGGCCUCGCUGUCAGCGCCCACCAUGCCUACUCAGAGUGCUCAGAGAAGCAACGCUGUGGAGGACCUGGUGGCCCGGUUCAAUGAGGUGAGUUCAUGGGUGACGUGGCUGAUCCUGACAGCAGGGUCCAUGGAGGAGAAGAGGGAAGUUUUCUCCUAUCUGGUCCAUGUCGCUAAAUGCUGUUGGAACAUGGGGAACUACAACGGUGUCAUGGAGUUCCUGGCUGGACUCAGGUCCCGGAAGGUGCUGAAAAUGUGGCAGUUUAUGGACCAGUCAGACAUCGAGACCAUGAGAAGUUUAAAGGAUGCCAUGGCUCAGCACGAGUCUUCCUCUGAGUACAAGAAGGUUGUGACCAGAGCACUCAAUAUCCCAGGAUGCAAGGUUGUGCCGUUCUGUGGAGUUUUUCUUAAGGAGCUAAGUGAUGCGUUGGAUGGCACAGCAAGCAUCAUCAGCCUCAAACCACCUCCAGAUAACACAGAGGACUCAAUAGAGUUUGUGUCCGACUACAGCGGUCAGCACAAUUUCAUGUUGCGGUCAGGCCCAGACGGACUGCAUGUCCCGGAGAAAGAAGCCACUGUCAGCAACAUCCUUCAGAUUAUCAGAUCUUGUAAUCGCAGUUUGGAGGCAGAAGAUCCUGAUGAGUCAUCCACCAGUCCUUCUUCUACUGGCCCAUCCCCCACAUCCAGAAACAACUCCUUCAGGGACCGCUGCCGCAAUCAUUCCCAUUCAUUUAGGACAGCGCCAGACACAAACCGUGUUUUAUUCAUGGUUGGGGACUUGUCCGAUUCGGAGGGUGACCUGUCGCUUGAGCCAAUCGUGAAAGAGGUGGAGUUUCAGGGGACUGAGGAGACACACCGAGCUUUUUGCCAUGGCACGGAGCUCGUUCCCUGGUAUGUGUUGUCACUUCAACCAGAUGUUCACCAGUUUCUGCUGCAGGGGGCUACAGUCAUUCAUUACGACCAGGACAGUCACCUGACAGCUCGCUGUCUGCUGCGACUACAGCCUGACAACACUACACUCACCUGGGGUAAACCUCAAAGUGGAGGAGCGUCCCCUACAGAGCAGCCACUGGGAUUAGGACAGACUGUAGUAGCAGGACUUGCAGAAGGCCUGCUGGACCUAUCAGUGGUGAAGGCAGUGUUUCUGGGUCAUCAGGGAGUCGAUGUCCAUGCUGUAUGUUUGCAAAACAAGCUGUGCCAGAUGACAGUGGAGGAGAAUGGUCUGAGUCUCCUCUAUGGUGUCAGUACCACGGAUAACAGACUCCUGCACUUUGUGGCCCCCAAUUACACGGCACAAAUGCUUCACAAGGGCCUGUCAGAGUUGGUGAAUGCAACCAGGAAAUUGAAGAAGUUUCCUGACCAAAGGUUACAGUGGCUGAGAAAGCAGUAUGUCAGCUUGUAUCAGGAGGAUGGCAGGUAUGAAGGCCCUACGCUAGCCCAGGCCAUUGAGCUUUUUGGUGGGCGGAGGUGGAACAUGGGUACAGGUGGUGUGGAGAAACCUGGCACCCAGAAAAACAGCCCUCUGGGCAUCAAUGAUAAGUCCAAAAAGAAGAAGAAAGUUCUUGUCAGGGGAGACAGUGGAGAUGCCACUGAUGACGAGAUGGUUUCCAGGAAAACUCGAAGCUGUAAGGAAGGAUUAUGUCGGAACGGACCAGAGUCUGACAGCAUCGACCAAGAAGAUCCAGAAGACAGUUUCCCUGGACCAUUCUCCCUCUCAUCCAGCAAGGGCUCUGGAUUGCUGGCUUCUUCCUCCUCCUCCUCCUCUUCAUCCAGCAUGGUAGGAUCCAACCAGUCACGUCCACAAUCUUCUCCCAUCCUUUCAGGAACUGCCAAGUCUCAGCCAGGUGCUUGGAGCAGCAGAUCGUGGCAUGGUCGAGGUAAAGGCUGCUUCAAAGGCUUCCAGAAUCUCAUGAUUUCUGACAGCACAAUGAGCUUCAUUGAGUUUGUCGAGCUUUUCAAGUCAUUCAGUAUCCGAAGCAGGAAAGACCUGAAAGAGCUGUUUGACACCUUUGCUGUCCCCUGCAGUCGCUCAAGUCCAGAAUCCCCUCCUCUUUAUACCAACCUCAGGAUAGAUGACAAAGACACAGGGCUCCAGCCAGACCUUGACUUAUUAACCCGAAACGGUUCAGAUCUUGGCCUGUUUAUCCGGACGAGGCAGCAGAUGUCUGACAACCAGAAGCAGAUUUCAGAUGCUAUUGCAGCUGCCAGCAUUGUGACCAAUGGAACAGGGGUUGAAAACGCAUCGUUAGGGGUUCUGGGAUUAGCUAUUCCUCAGCUCAAUGACUUUUUAGUCAACUGUCAGAGGGAGCACCUGAGCUAUGAUGAGAUCCUCAGCAUUAUACAGAAAUUUGAACCCUCAUCAUCCAUGAAACAAAUGGGUUGGAUGUCAUUUGAAGGUUUUGCAAGGUUCCUGAUGGACAAGGAGAACUUUGCUUCUCGUAACGAGGAAUCCCAGAUGAAUCCAGAGGAGCUGCAGUACCCUCUGUCCUACUACUACAUCGAGUCUUCUCAUAACACCUAUCUUACUGGGCACCAGCUCAAAGGAGAGUCCUCUGUUGAGCUUUACAGUCAAGUGUUGCUACAGGGCUGCAGGAGUGUCGAGUUGGACUGUUGGGAUGGAGAUGACGGAAUGCCGGUUAUUUACCACGGACACACUCUCACCACUAAGAUACCCUUCAAGGAUGUGGUGGAGGCAAUUAACCGGGCCGCAUUUGUCAAUUCUGACAUGCCCGUCGUCCUGUCCAUAGAGAACCACUGCUCCCUCCCACAGCAACGCAAGAUGGCUGAAAUCUUCAAGACGGUGUUCGGGGAACGUCUUGUGACACGAUUCCUUUUUGAAAGCGACUUCAGCGACGACCCUCACCUGCCGUCACCGCUGCAGCUGCGUGGGAGGAUCCUGCUGAAGAACAAGAAGCUCAAAGCUCAUCAGGCGCCGGUGGACAUUCUCAAACAGAAGGCUCACCAGCUGGCUCACAUGCAGGCCCAGGCAAGCAACGGGUCACCGGGGGUCACUUCACCCAACAACCAUACCAACGAGGAAGAGGAAGAAGAAGAAGACGAGUACGACUACGACUAUGAGUCUCUAUCGGAUGCUGAUGGCCUCGCAGCCUCUACUGCCUCGUAUGGCCUUGAAGAUAACAUCCUGGACGACAAGCCAGAGGGGAAGAGCUCAGCAGAAAAGGAGGAGCAACCUGUCGAUGAAUUGCCCAAGAGGAUGAAGAAGGCUGACAGCACUGUACAGAGCAAAGGAAAGGUGUUUGACAUGGAGCUGGGUGAGGAGUUUUACCUUCCUCAGAACAAGAAAGAGAGUCGACAGAUUGCCCAGGAGCUGUCUGACCUUGUCAUCUACUGCCAGGCUGUGAAAUUCCCUGGCCUGUCCACGCUGUCUCCAGCCGGCUCCGGUCGAGGGAAGGACCGAGGAAAGAGCAGGAAGUCCAUAUUUGGCACAGCUCCUUCUCGCUGCAGCACAACAGGAGAGGUCAUGACUCAAAGCCGAACUCCUGGGAGAGGUGGCUCUGAGCGGCUGAGCUGGGAGGAGCAGCAGACGUCUCCCGUCCUCAACCCCCCCACGUCUCUCAGCGCCAUCAUCCGUACGCCCAAGUGCUACCACAUCUCUUCAGUCAACGAGAACGCUGCCAAACGCCUGUGUCGUCGCUACUCUCAGAAGCUGAUCCAGCACACGGUGUGCCAGCUGCUGAGGACGUAUCCAGCGGCCACCAGGAUUGACUCUACUAACCCCAACCCUCUGCUGUUCUGGCUGCAUGGAAUCCAGCUGGUGGCACUAAACUAUCAAACUGAUGACCUGCCCAUGCAGUUGAACACAGCGUUGUUUGAGGCCAAUGGUGGCUGCGGCUACGUAUUGAAGCCAGCAGUGCUGUGGGAUCGUAGCUGUCCACUUUAUCAGCAGUUCUGUCCGAUGGAGAGGGAUGUGGAGAAAAUGAGCCCUGCUGUUUAUUCCCUAACGAUUGUUUCUGGUCAGAAUGUUUGUCCCGCUAACAGCGCUGGCAGCCCCUGCAUCGAGGUGGAUGUUCUCGGCAUGCCCAUCGACAGCUGCCACUUCCGUACCAAACCCAUCCACCGCAACACCCUCAACCCCAUGUGGAGCGAGCACUUUCAGUUCACUGUGCACUUUGAAGAGAUGUGUUUCCUGAGGUUUGCCGUGGUGGAGAACAACAGCUCCCAGACGACAGCUCAGAGGACUCUGCCUCUAAAAGCCCUCAAAUCAGGUUACAGACACGUCCAGUUGAGGACGCAGCAUAACGAGCCACUUGAAGUGUCCAGUUUGUUUAUCUACAGCCGCAGAACCGAGGAAGGUCCCACAGGGGGCGCUACACCCUCAUCCAUGCUGUUCAUUUCAGAGGAGAAACAUGCGUCCCAGCAGCACAGGGUGACAGUGCAUGGAGCUCCUGGUCCUGAACCCUUCACAGUUUUCAGUGUUACAGAGCAGACCACUGCCAAACAGCUGCUGGACAUGGUUGUGGCAUCAGCAGGAAACCCGUCAGAGUACUUCUUGUGUGAGGAGAAGGUUCCUCUGUUGAAGGAGCGCAGCGAGGUGAAGCGCUGUGCUCAGUUUCGCUGUCUAGCACCAGAGGAGGAGGUUGUCAGGCUGGUCUGCAGCUGGAGCACCGAGGAGGGAUAUGUGGGGAGAAUCUGCCUCAAAACAAGAGAGGAGAACCUAAAUGAAAAAAACACAGUGCUGGAGGGAGAGGAGGACAUGACCGUGGGAUGCAGAGAAGGAGCAGGAGGAUGCGGGGGAGGAGGAGGAGGAGGAGGAGAAGACGACAUGUUUUUUGUCCAGGUCCAUGAAGUUUCACCAGAACAGCCUCACACUGUGAUCAAGGCUCCACGAUACAGCACUGCUCAGGACAUCAUACAGCAGACCCUGUCAAAGGCAAAGUAUUCCUGCAGUAUCCUUUCUAAUCCCAACCCCUGUGACUACGUCUUGAUGGAGGAGGUGACCAAGGACGCCGGCUCUAAGAAAUCUUCGGCCACUAAGCCUCUUCAGCGAGUGCUGCUGGACCACGAGUGCGUCUACCAGGCUCAGAACCGCUGGAGGGGCGCCGGAAAGUUCAUUCUUAAACUCAAAGAGCAGGUGGUGCGGGAGGACAAAAAGAAAGUCAUUUCUUUUGCCAGCGAGCUCAAGAAGCUGACCAGUCGCAGUCGCAGCAUGACGACUGGCAGCGGAGUGGACGGUCCUGCCCAGAGGUAUCUGUCUGCAGCCGCAGGUCUGAAGGCUUGGGUGACAGACGGCAGAGUUGGGGCAGGAAGGUUCUUACUGGCCUCCUCCUCCUCCUCCUCCUCCUCCUCCUCCUCCUCGUCAUCCUUCAGGGGGCAGCUCCACCUUCCCACCUCUUCUCUGACCCUACCGACCUGGAAGCUUCACCUCCUCAGGAACUGGAAGAUCCACAAAUGAGAUCCAGAGAGAGAGAGACUUGCGCUGACUUACUUCUAAACUUGGAGGAUUCCCCCUUUUUUCCAUGGGAGGCGAGAUGUUUCAGUGAGGCUCUGAUGAAUUGUGGAAUUCUGGGAUACGAUUCUCUUGUGAAGGAUCCUGCCUUGUGUUAUCUGAGCAAGUUGAGGACAGGAGUCAAUUUAAGCCCCGUUUUUGGGUUUAGGUGACAGAUGUUCAGCCCCUUUUGCUUGGUUGAAUGAUGAACAGGAGGUUGGAAAUCCCUCCUGAUGGUCAUGUGGGUCGGUAGUUCCAGCUCCUCCUGGUGUCUUGGUAAUAGUUUAGCUCUGUAAGGGUUCAGAGUACCAGGGGCAGCUGUUUUUAUUGAAGUCGUCAGGGACAUAAAAUAGCAUUCUCCUGUUUCUGAUGAGCAGGAGAUAGAAAAAAACAUUUCCCUGAGUCACAUGCAAAGGAUGUAGAGUUUGCUUUGAUGGGCCAGUUUUUUUUUGUUGCAAGGAAUUUACACACAAAAAGUAGUUUUAAAGUAGAAAUGGCUGCUAAAUGGCAUUUGGAUUUAUUGAGAAACUGAACCACACACUAUUUUGAGUGUUGAUUAUCCCUUUUAGGUUUGAAGGACAAUUCGAAUGUGGCUACACAAGUGGUCCAGCAUGUUUUGGAUGAAUAUAUGCUGCAUUUGGCUCAAAGUAAACUCAUAAACUACCCCUUUGCAUCCAGCAGUUGGAGGGAAAUCUGCUUGAAAAAAGUAAAGGAGGGGUGUAGGAGAGUCUGAAUUGUUCUCUCUCUUUCUGAGGUUUGCGCUCUUUUGGUUGAGGGCAUUGUGAAGGAGGCUGACAAGCUGGCUUGUUUGGUUCUUUUCUUACUGUUCCAGUUUCACAGUACUGUAAGGGCACAUGUUUUGGGGGCAGUGCAGCUGAGCAACGCUCACACAAAGAGGCAACAACGUGAGACACCCCAUUCACAAGUUUCCAGGCUUUUAUAAAUAUUCUGUAAUGGAAGCAGCGAGGCUUGAGGCAAUUUCUUUGACACUACCGUCUCUGCCCUGAAGGUGACAAUACAUAAGCAGCAUUUUAAGGCAGUGUAGGUGUGAAAUAUUAACCUCUACAGGGGCAACUGUGGAACAACUUUGUAUCACAGUUGUUGGUAAAGUUGUCCUACAUUGCUUUAAAAUGUUGUAACACUGCCUUGUACUUUUGUAGCUGUAUCUCCUGGGAUGAUCUGCUUUGUUUCAGAAAGUGUCUUCGGGCUGUCAUCACUGUCCACAAAUAAGUAGGUCGACUAGCAUCUUAUCUUCCCAACCAACCUGAUGAAUUAUUGUUUGAAUUAUUUUCUAAAGUUCAAUUCAUAAAUAGGACAGUGUCGUAUUUUUUUACGUUUUUUUUUUUUUUUUUUUUACAUUUUACACUUCAUACAAGACUAGAAAACUUUCUGCUCUAAGAAAUUUGGAAACAUGCUUCUAGAAGAAAGAACUGUUCCUGAAUACUGGCCCAGUUACAGUUUAAUCUAAAACAGUUGCAUCAAGUCACAAGGUUAGAACCAGACAUUUGAUUCUAGCUUUCUUUAAGUUUUUCAAAUGUCAAAAAAUCCCCUCUAUGAGAUAUGACUUGAUACGAAAAAAGAAAUGAAGAAAUCUGAAUAUUUCCUAUAAUUUCCUCCACCAUUUGAAAGCAGCAAUGAUGAUUUUCAGCUCUAAGAUCCUUUUUGGAAAACAGCUUGGUCUUCUUCCAACAGCAUUUUGCACAUUUUGUUUUUCCUUUUGCUGUUGUCUCGUUUUUUUGUGUGUGUUACUGUCCGACUCGCGACAGAGACUUGAUUGUUAUGAGAUGGUCAGACUUUCUUUUUUCUAAUUAUGAUCAUCGUAUUUAUUACUUUUAAUUUCAGCCCAAUUUAGCAUUGAAAAAAGCACAAGACACACAAGGUUUGUAGUCCAAACUUGAAUUUUUUUCUCGCAAAAAUUAUUUUCUUAACGACAGAAUGAAUUUUAUUUCUUUUUAAUUUACUGGCCUGGAUUUACUGUGCUUGAUUUUUUAAAAAUAUCUUUAUAGAUUACUAAUAUUGAUUGAUUGUCAUUAAUGAUUGUAGAUUUUAGGAUCAGUUUUCUUUCAGAAUCUAGUAAAACUUGAUUCAUUUGGGGCCACUUUCCCCUUUUUUUCUGUGCUAAUGAGUGACAUUUCCAUAUUCUACAAAGUAUUUUUUAAAAGUUUAGAUAAUUUUCCUCCCCUUAUUAUUUAAUCUUAUUUGGCAUUUCAGUUAAUAUGUAUAUUUUCCCUCUAAGAGCCCUAUUAAAAAUGUUUUAGUCUUCAGGAUUAUUUUUUAGGUGAGUUGACUGUUAAAAAGAAGCCUGGAAAAAAGAAAAAACACAUUUGUGAGUAAAUGAAAAGUGUUCGGAACGCAUUCCUGUUAGAUUGAAUUUUGGUUAAAAAUAAGUCACAUGGGUUUAAAAGUGCAUUUGGCCAAUUUAAACCCACAUUCCAACUUACAAACUGAAAAUGUGCGUUUAAAGAAACUUUUUUUAACCUGCAAACACUAAAUUUGUGAAAACACAGGACGCCAAAUGUCAUGUUAUCUUAAACGUGUGAUUGUAGGCAUUUUGAUAAGUGUGGCCAUGCUCCAGAAAUGAUUUUAAGGUUUUCGUCCUUGUACAUUUAUUCUUCUUUGGGUAAAACUUUGCUCUGUGCCAAGUAGUGAGUUUGAAUUUGAGUGCAAUAGUGAAGGUCUGUCACUUCAACUCUUCAUUUUUUUUAAUCGUCUAUAGAUAGAUUGUAUUUCUGCUCGUUUUUUUUUUUUUUUUUUACCAGUCAACCUUGAAUUGUUUAAAUUUGUCAAAAAUGAUAUCAUUCACGGACACGGAUUAUCUUCCGUCAGUGGUACAGCGGUAGGACCGUCCCUAAGGCUGAUGUAAUUAAGGUAGAUGAGACUGUGAUCCCAGAAACCACAACUCUGUGUCAAUGAUAAUUCAGCUGUAAUCCUUUUAUCCAGUCAGGCUUUUGUUAUUAUAAAUGAUUAGAAUUUAAACGCGGAGGCAUGCCAAAUGAUAAUACUUCAUAAAAUGGUCAUUAUCUACAACCAGCAUGCCUGGAUGGAAGCGAUAUCAGCUGUAAUAAGUGUGUGACUCCACACAGGAAGGGACAUUUUUCUGUUAAACUGUAAAUCUGUGAGCUAUCUGCUUCGUCACUUCAUCUACUUUUCCUUCUUUCUAACCUGUAGACCUCAUUUUCUGAAUGUAUCAUUUCUUAACGUGUUGACAACCUGAGACAAAUGUGUGUUUGAAAGUUAUUUAUUUUAAUGUGAAGCCCUGGUUGGCAUUUAUUUGUUGUUUAUGUGUACGUUUCUGUAAGUAGUUUUAAGUGUUUCUUUUUUUAUUUAUUUCAGUACGUGAGAAGGGGGAAUUCUACAGUCCCGAUGUUACUCAAAAUUAUUUAGAUACGUAAAGAAAUAUUUUACUUUAUGUGUAAAAUAUUCAGCAUAGUAUUCAUAAUUCUGGCAUGUUAUUCUGCAGUUACACGGCAGCAUCUUUUAUUUUUCAUGAAUGUGGAUGAAAUCUGACAACUUUGUUUUACAUUUUGGUGUAUAUUCAUUAUAUCCACUAAAUAUGACAUGUGCUUGCUGCCUGUUGGCUGCGUUUCAUCUUUAGCACUCCAUAAAAUGUCCAGUAUACCCUUUAACAUCCACUAUCUGUGUUUAACAUGACCAUCAAGUGAACAUUUGUCUAUUUACUUGAAUUUUUAAAUGGCUGAUAAUUGGUGGACUUGUCAUAUACCAGGAUCACAAUAAAGAUGCAAACACUUAA